UCCCGACGAGCAGCGCGCGUCUCGCAAUCGGCGCGUUAAGGCAACUGUGAGGAGCGAAGGAGUGAAAUCUGUCGAGAAAGUUGACGCGCUCGCCAUGUAAUGUGGUUCAGUGGUAACGCUGCUGCGCGAAUGUUUGUCAAUACGACAACAUGCGCCCGCUGAGAGCAACAUGAAGUUUUUGCGGCUGCGCUGCGCCUGUUCACUGCUGGCAUGCGGCUACCUCAUCGUCGGCGCCAGGCCUUCCGCAGCUGCCGGCCUUGGAAGCAAGAAGGGAGGCCGCCCCUGGCUGCAGAGGCUCCAAGUUGACAGCGGCACCUUGUCCUCGACAAUGCUCGACGGACUCCUGGCACCUGAGCACACGGAGAAUGUGCCUGUUACGAUGCCUGACCACAAGGGUGACGAUUCGGGCACACUGGUGGCUGGGGCUCAGAGAGAUGUUCGGCCAACACCCCCCUGGGAUACACCAGCUGGAGCCCAUCCAUCGGCACGAACGGCUUGGCUCCUCGCCCUGGGCCUGGCAGCCGUGCUGCUGCUGCUUUUUGCUGGACUCUGUCCUCUCCUUUGGUGGCUCCAGCGUGGCAGUCAGGCCAAGUCUCCAGGGCUCUUCUUCCAGCCCCUGGAGCCACUGCCAACGCGCUGCUCACCUCCUGAGCAUGUUGUCUGCCAACCACUGCCAGAGCCAAAGCUUGUCGCUGCUGAGCAGACAAGGCCCAGCAUUGAAAGACAGGUGGCGCCGGUUUCCAUCGAACAGGAGGCGCCCUCUGUUGUUACCCACACGGCACCCAUUGACAUCAACUGUCCCGACCGGAGACCAGGCUUGAGGCCGCUUUCUGGAGUAGAGGCCACUGAAAUUGUGCCUUCAAAGGGGGGCUUUGAGGAUGACUUUGUGGAAAACACAGCUGUGUUGGCACUGUGCACAGCGAGGACUGCAUCCAGUGCCCCUGCUACCGCACCAGUGACAGUUGCGAAUACUGCACUCUGGAGCAGCUCACUCUCUGAGACAGACUCGGACCAGGGCCUGAGCCCAACUCGUAGUCCCCUGCGACGCAAAACACGGCGCCUUCUUGAAAGGCGUGGGUCAAAUGCUUCCCUGACACUGGAUCUCAACAAGGCAAGUCAGAAUGGCCGGAUCAGCCCAAAUGGUGGGAAAGACAGGUGCCAGGACCCAUAUUUGCGGCGAGCAAGUCGACGUUUGACACGUGCCCAACUACAAGCCUGCCUCUCCAAUGUGGCAGCCCUGCACUCAGAGUUCUGGGACAUCCCGAUGAAUCAUCCUGAGAGGGCUGAAAUAGCUGGCUGUGGGGCCAAGAACCGAUACAGGAGCAUAUUGCCAAAUGAACACAGCCGGGUGCGACUGCGGCGUGGUGUGGAGGAGGAGGAGGAGUACAUCAAUGCCAACUACCUGAGUGGCUACGGAGGCAAACCUCACGCCUACAUCGCCACCCAGGGACCCCUGGCCCACACGGUGGCAGACUUCUGGGCCAUGGUGUGGCAGGAGCGAGCCCCGGCCAUCGUCAUGAUCACCAACCUGGUCGAGGACGCCAAGGUGAAGUGCGAGCGGUACCUGCCAGAAGUGCGGGGCACGUACGGUCCCUUCACGGUGGAGGUGGUUCGGACAUUGGCACGUGACGGCUACACGCUGCGCGAACUGACGCUGCAGAAGAGUGGGGAGGACCGGGUGCGGCAGGUGCAGCACCUGUGGUACACAGCAUGGCCUGACCAUCGGGCACCUGCCUCACCCAACCAGCUGCUCUCAUUGGCUCUCGAGGUGGAGCAGCUGCAGGCACGUUGUCCGGGACCCAUCGUCGUUCACUGCAGUGCUGGCAUUGGCCGCACUGGCUGCUUUGUGGCCAGCAGCAUUGGCAUCCGACAGCUGCGAGAGGAGAACAGUGUCGAUGUAUUGGCCACUGUGUGUGCUCUUCGUAGAGACAGAGGCGGCAUGGUGCAGACGGCCGAGCAGUACGAGUUUGUCCACCGGACACUCUGCCUCUUUGAGCGCGAGCUGCCUCACAGUGAUGCCCGUUGAGGUGCUCUGUGGCAGGUGCAGGGAUUGGUUGGAAUUGCAAUGAGUUGCCAGUUUCUUGCACAUGGCACAACAAGGACAAGCGGAGAAGACACACUGCCGUCAGCGAUGGAAGGCUUGAGGGAGAGACAUUGGUCGCUCUCGCCUGGCAACUCGUGCGUCGUCUGCUUAUCAGUGUGAUGUGGAGAUCCCGUUCGGCGGGCAGAAGUGCAAUGUCUUGGAGGCUUGAUCGUGAAGCCCAGCUUGCAGCAAACCCAUGCCCGCCAGUGAGGCUUUUGGACAUUCUCUUGCUCCCUUGGGGCGUCACUGCAUCAUGCACUCGGCUCUUGUCGAAUGCGCCUUUUAGCCACUUCAGCCACAUCCCUCAUUAUGCCUUUGCUUUUUAUUUCUCGCAAGUGUGUGUAUGUGCUUUCUCUCUUAUCGAAUGUGUGAAACUGUGGGCACAAAGAACUUUUCUGGCUGUGCUGGUGUCAUAAGCGUGGUGGUACAGUGGUGUGCAAAGGGCACAAGUGAUGUUCUGGGUGAUGUAAUGGGGCAUAACUGUUAACGAUUGUGGGUGACCUCGCCAUUUGGGUGCCAGAAGUCACUAGGGCCAAUCAGUGCUGGCAUGAUGUGCAUGCUUCACCAUAGUUAACUGUUCAUCAGUUGUUACUGGCACGUUGUUCAGUGUGUGGCUAUUUGUGUUGCCAGAGUGCAUACACACCACUGUUGUUCAAAGAAAGUGAACAAUGCGGAAUCCCAAGAGACAAGAAAAGAAAGGGCAACAAGCAUCGACAUGCAAUGAUUUCGUGUUGAAGGAACAGCAAUUACAGUUUAACCUCAAUAUAGCAGACAUGGAUAUAGCAGAUUGUCAAAUUUAACAAAGUAAACCUAAAUUCAAGAAUUUUUUGUUUGAACGAUAUCAGUAUGUAUACUUAUAAUGCAUGUCAGAUAAAAUUAAAGUAUUUUCAUGUCAUAUGCUACUUCAUUGUAAUGAGGUUUGACAUUCAGGAGCUUGCACACCUGUGCACUGAUCUGUAUGCAAACAAGUCAGAGUGGGGACAGCUGUGGGAGAUAAAAAUGAGGCUGAAAAGCAUGGGCCUAACUAAUGGCCAGCAAGGUACAUUGUCAUGUGGAGAGUUGGCUCUUCUCAUUUUUCCCCUUGCAGUUUUGCAUUGUUCCUGUUUCUUGGAAGUUGUGCAUCAACCUGUCCAGUUACCGAUUUUACCGCUCUUGUUGUCAACAGUAUUGCCCAGUGCCUGGAAGGGCAGCCUCUCUGCAAUUGUUUGGAAAUGCUUGUUCAAGCAAACUCUGCUGGCAAAAAAUAUGAAGGGAGAGAGGGCACUAUUUCUGGUCAAGUCAUUUUAGCUUGCGCACAAAAGAAAAUUCCCACCGGCUGUCUUUUGUUCCAUCAGCGGUUCAACUCUGGAUGAAACUGUCAUGUUUUCAUUUUCACUGUUCUUGUUUGAAGAUACGAGGUUCAAUUUCAUACUGGUUAGCCUUUGGUCAUGCUUUGCAAAAUAAUGAGCUCUAGCUCGAGUUUCAAGUGAUUCACUUUACACCAAGCGUAUCCUGCUGAAGAAAUGCAUUUCAACUUGUCGAAGCAUAUCCUUGGUUUAAAUGAAACACCUACUUGCUCACACAAAAGUGCUACAUAGCUUAUGACAGGGUCGGUGUUUGGAUAUGUAUAUAUACAUGUUCUUUUUAAUGUUCCUGUUUGGCUCAUAAAGAAUAUUUGCACAGUUUGUCCAAAUAUUUUAGAGACAUGUUUCAUUUCAGUGGCACAUUUUUCUGCUGUUGCUGAAUGGUGACUGGUGCAUGUACAUUAGCCUGCAAGCUCACAAGGCAAUAUGUGCUGUCUAAUUAGCACAAGUGGAUAAUUUUUACUUGAAACCACCACCAGGAGUCCCAUGAAUUGUUUAUAAGCAUCACCUUUGCAGGAAGCACUUUGCAGUAUUGUUUAUUAGGCUCAUUGAAUGAUCUUUUGGCCAGCUUUCUAAUGAAACAGUUAAUGAAGAAUGUCACAUCAUCGCACGUCGUCAAAUGCAAUUAUCAAAAGCACAAGUUAUGAAAGCUUGUGGUGUUGUUUUGUAAUAUCAGGUGUUUCAGCAAUGACUAUCUCCGAUUUUUAAACAGGGUGGGUUUGAUUCAAAGUGACAAUUUUUACUAGCCAAGAGUUAGCAUUGGCAAAAGGCAGAAUUUGUGGGAUAAUUAUUAAUGUACUUGCUAAUUGACUAAAUUUUGCUAACGACGUUUGCAGAAUUGACAUUGCUGUAUAUAACCAUUCACACGAAAUUGUGCCUAAUGCAGUUUUUGGUCAUUAUAAUGCAUUUCCACUGCAGAGACUUGGUAAAUGAAACAGAAGUGCAUUUCAUUGCACCUUCGAAGUCUGCAUUUCACAAGACAAUGUUUCCAGUAAAUAGCUGGGCUUUGUGUACUGUUCAAAGUCAGUUCUGUAAUUACAAAGUGCUCCUAAAUUUGUUCGCUAAAUUGUCAAGGAAUGAAAAUUGUUUUAUUAAUACUUGCAUCUGCAAAUCCUAACCUCUGCCAUUGUUGUGUAUCGUGGUCAGCAAAAAUUGUGAUUCUGUCUUGAAUUUACAAUAACUGGAGAGUGAAUUGCUAAUAACUGGAGAGUUGUCACUGAGACACCUAGAAUUUUGUCUAUUAUUAUGGACAAGCAAGAAAUCAGUGUUCCAAGAUUACUCGAAAAUAUUGAGAGAAGCCAUUAAUUUUUUUUUCCCCACAUUUUGAAUACAGCAGUAUUUUCUUUUUCUGUUUCCUUUGUAUGAGCUUUGUUUGAAGUACAUGUGCGCCUUGCGCGAUAGUGAAACCUUCUUCACCUAAAAAGAAUUCAGAUUUGGCAGGCUGCAUCAGCACCAAGACAUACACAUACCUUUGCUGAAAUGCUUGCAUGACAUUGUUGUUAUUGCUAAACUGUUGCUUCUGUGAAACAAAAGUUGCAUGUCUUCAACACUGAUUAUUCUCACCACCACUUCAUCACAGUUUGUCAGUAAUUGACCUUCUUACUCAUGCCUAUCACAUUUGUUGUGCACAGCUGGCCUUUCUCCGACAUAAUGCCAGCGAUGAAGUGCCAUGUUAUAAUUUUCAUUCCUAGAUUUCGUAGAACCAGCACAAUCUUUCUCACGAACAGUAUUGCCCAACUUUUUUCUCUCUUUUCUAUUUUUAACUAUGUUGCACAUAACUUUGUUGCACAUACCGUUUUGAAACUGUUUUCUGUUUGCUUGGAUUUUUUUCAAUGCUCAUUGGUUUUUGAGUGGGUGCAUUCUGGCCAGAGCUAUCACAUACCAGUCAGGUGCAAGGAACUUUGACACACAGUGUAGUCCACUGUUAAAGAAAGUGCAUGAAUGCUGGAAAUGAACGCCCCUUUGUAGAGCUUGGCUUUGAAGCAGACGGCUUGCACAAGGUGUCACUGUUUCCCUUAUGCAGUGGAUAAACACUGGGGUUGUAUUCUGGCCUGAUUACUUUUGGUGAUAUCACUGAGCAGACUUGGCUGGUGAGCAGAGUUCUCAUUAUUCAAGGGAUGCCUUGCCUUAGGCACUAAGCUAUGCAAAUGUGAAAGCAUGCCCAAAAGUUAUUGAUGGUGAAUAUAGCCCUUGUUUCAUCGCCAUGCAUAGCUGAGAUGCCCCCAAAGUGUCUGCAACCAACACGUCUUAAAAGGGUUUGAAAGUUUACCAGAGGGAUCUGGAAAAUGGACACCUGUAACAAAAGCAUGCCUCAACUAGCAUUCCAGCAAAAUGACUUUUUGUUUACAUCAUUGGCGAGGUUUAUAUUGGCUUAUUUAAAAUCUGCUAAGGAAUUGACUCCACUGGCAGUAGUGACCUGCGUUUUCAUUCCAGCUUUAAGUGAACAUAUUGCAUUUAAUGGUGCAUUGUUGUUUGUAUUGUGCAGCACAACCACUCGUUUUGGUUAACACCAUUUGGUAAACCCCCUCGGCAUCUUUGCUUGCGUCGUUUGUCCAGAGAAAAAAAGAAAUUGUCACAGAAUUGAGCUGCUGUAGAGAACUGGGCUGGUUAUGCCACUCAGUCUGGAAAAAUCAGUCAAUCAAAUGCCAAGUUUUUGAUUGAACAAUGCAGAACUAGAAAUGCAAGCUUGUAGAGAUAUUUCAGCAAAAACAAAAUGGCAGUACGGAAACAUUCUUUAUAUCUUUAAUGUUGCUAUGUAGUACAAUAAUACAGGUCACUGCAUGUUUUAGCUCUGACCAAGGUUUAAUUAGGAAUAUAAACUCAGUUAUAAGCAUAGCUGCAGUGGCCUUGACAGAGGCAGUUCACAACCAUAUCUUGUUGUCAGACUAGACACUCCCGUCUUGCUCGCCUUCAGUUCUUGAACAGAAUAUUUUCAGCUGAUAAAAUAACAACUUUGAGCAUGUCCCUGCUUAAAGGCCUUUGAUGGAUGCCUCGAAUCACGUCUGAAGAUCAGAAGCUGCAGGGUUGGCCAAGUUCUGCUGUGGUUUUCAUGUCCACUUCCUGGUUAUAUUGUCUUGCAUUUACUCAACAUAUUUAUUGUUUUGACAUUUGUGCGGAAGUUUUUUUUUUUUUACCUGCAUUUCUUUGUUGGCACAAUCGCUUGGUUGUAAGCUCCAAUUUUGCAUGCAAGGCAAAAUGGGAAUGCAUCAGAAUGGCCAUGAAUUGUGCACAUGCACAUAUUUACAUGAUCGUUAUCAUCAGUUUGGUAUGAAAGAGAUUACUGUUCAUUUUGGUGAGCUGUUAUGUAUGCUCUUGCCAGGGUCGUAACUUUAAGACACAUUCUCGGGUUUGUGCCCAGAAACUGGCUCUAGUUUAUUUAUAGAGUUUUAUGCAGGGAAGUGCAGUUUUUGCUUGUCGAUUUCAAUUAUAAAUAUUUGAUUCUGUGCACUGUUUCACAUAUUAACAUGUACUCUUUCUUUUAUACAGGGCAGCCAUUUUAUAUUUAUGUGUGGUACUGAUUUACAAGUGAUUUAUUGGCAUUUAUUUUGAUAUCAGUAUAACUUAUCACAACAAAGGAAGUAACAGGGUUGGCUUAGUGAAGAUGCUAGAAUAGAAAGCAGGGUAGGAGAUAAAAAAUAGUCUUCAAGUAGAAACUAGUUUUGAGAAUUUAACCUUUCAUCAGUUGCUGUGCUUCAUUUUGAAUGUCCUUGUUUUACACUUGUUACCUAGUAUGCAUAGACACAGCAUUAAAACAAAAUUCUCUCGGGUCUUAUCAAUGUUUAUACUUGUAUUGUCAGCUUUGCUAAGGUUCAGCUCUUGCAUUGCUGGCCAGUUAGAAUUUGUGGUCCCCCCCCCCUUUCUUUUUCUGCUUUUGAUUAGUAAACUGUCCAAGGAGUCAACAAGAGGACAGCUCUUGUCCCUCAUUUUUUUUGCUAUUUGGCACACGAUGCUGUGCCUGUGAGCUGUGCACAUUUCACUUUAGUAAACUGCUGAAGCACAUCUUCAUAAAAACGGAGCGAGUCUUUUUCUAGCCAAUCAAGCACCCACACAAAUCUUGUUCACCAUCCCACUCUCUACUUCAAAUGUACUUUUUUCAAUGCUUGACGGGGCUUGUUCCAUGUGGGAGCAUUUUUCAUUACUACUGUCUAAGGCUUUUCUGUCUUCUUCCUUGCAAGUAUUUUGUGCCUAUUUCGGCAUCUGCAUUACACCAAGCAAAAACUGCUUCCGAAGAGACAUCAGCAGUGGAUGUUCUCACUCUGUGGUGGCCUACAAGUGAGUGAACUUGUGGGCUUGAAAUGGAUUAACAUUUUGAGUGAGUGAUGCAUGUUUUUCGAAGCUUGCAUCAGAAGAGCCUUGGUGCUUCAUUGUGUACUGCCUGCAGAAAACAAGCUGCUUCUGUUUAGAUGUUACGUGGUUCUAAUGAGAGCAUUGCCUCAAUUGAUGUCAUUAUGUUGGAGAGUGAAAUAGGUAAAAUUUUAUUCAUAUGCCUGAAAUGUUAUUCAUAUGCCAGAGUUUACUGUUCUGCAAUCAUUCUAAAGCAAAAGAAACUCUCUCAUCUUCUAGUACAUUGUGUAGUAGCUGUAUUAAAGAGAUGUGUAGUAGUUCCAUGAAUGUAGUUACAUUUUUUUUACAUUUGUGCAUGGUGACCAGUCUUAAACCCUUUGAGAAGCCUGUUUGUAAGCACAACUAACAUCCAACCAACUCUAUUUCAUGAGCUGUGUGCAGUGAAAAUUGUGGGUUGUAUCAGCCAGCAAUGUCUUAUCACUAAUCAUCCAGCUUGUAAUGCUAGUUGAAUGGAAUAAUUACAAAUAGAUUAAGGACACGUGAUGACCAAGCUCUCCUUUUUACCUGAUGCAAGUGGCUUGUUUUCACUCCUGCUCACCUGAUGUGAACCAUAUCCAAACAUGGUGAACAGCGCACCUGACAUGGCAGAAGAAAUACGAACAGGACAGCGCAUCUGUCCUGUUCUUUCUUGCACGGAAAACGACUAACCCCAGCUUUAAACUAAUGGGAACUGUAGCGUUCACUUUACCGCAAGGAAGAGGUGAGAUAGUAUUUGCACCUGCCACCUCUGUAAUUCAGGCAAAUUUAGUGUUACACUGGGUAAGGCCACUUGGUGUGGCUGUCAUUUAGAUGCUGUCGCAUGAGAAAAGGCAGCCCCAUCCUCUGCUGGGUGCACUAAGAUAUGAGUGCAUAUGGUGAAACCACUUCACUUGGCUCGGCUCCACUAAGGUGUACAUAGUCUUGACAGUCAAAGUUCUGAGAGUAACAAACAAAAGCUGCAAAGAAUGAGCGGCCUGAUAUUGUGGCACAAGUAUUAUAGUCCCACUGAACAUAUUCAAUGUCUGGCAGCUUCCAUCGUCAUGUCAUUCUCCUGAUUUGCAGUGGUGCCACUGUUCGUGCAGUGUGUGUCAGCACCAUUUAAGAUGGGCUUUUCACUGUAAAAAGCAACAUUAAUGGCCCCUUAUAACAAGCUAAUAAUCAUUUAAUUUGCUUUUCCAGUCAUCGCUACUCUGAAUGCUGUAUGACAUUUUGUGUUGCUGUGCAGCACUUGACCAUUAAAAUGGCACUCAAUGUAGCAAAGCGCUCGCAGUGGCAAGUAAUUUCCAGUCUGACUGGAGUCACCGCAUGACUGGUGGCUACAAAGGAGUGGGUGAGACUGGCCGUCUCUGUCUCGGUUCUUCAUUUUUUUCUCAUCAUUCAUUCAUUUUUAAACUCAACCAAUCCCAUGCUGUUUAAGUGUCCAUAACUGAACGUUGGUUCAGAUAGUUUCCCGGUGUUGUCAAAAUGUUCUGCCUAGGAGCUUGUUUUCUUUCUGCCACUUCCAUUUAUUUGCAUUUUAAUCUUGUGUGUGUCAUUUGUAUCCAUGAAAGUGUGAUGGUAUCAAGUGUCUUGGGUAGAUUACCUUCGCCAAUUGACAAAAACGGACACCUGCUUUUCAAACUGUUCAUAUUGUGUGACUGGGAUACAAAGACAAACGUAUUUGUCAAAGGGAAAAGGCUCAACUGGAAGCACAUAUUGAAUUUGAUGCAUUUGCAGUGUUGUAGAAUGAAUGAUGUGUCAGCUCAUUGAUGCGAGCAUGUUGAGCACUUUCCAGGGGCUGUCAUUUGCCACCUCACAUAAUGCAUGAAGAAAGAAAGCUCGCACUGUUGUGAACCCGAUUGUUGACAUUGUCAUUGAGACAUUUUGUCGUAGAUCCCAAGAGGCAAUUUUUGGACCCUUUGGAGUCGCGUGUGAUGUGACGUGUGUGUGUGAAAUUUUGUCAGUCACAUCUCUUGCUGAACAUUUGUUUCUCAAAACCUUCCGAGUACAAAAGAAAUCUCUGUUAAUGAAACAAAGAGGUUUAAGAGAUGCUGUUUUGUCAAUAUCCCUGAUGGUCCUUCUUGUAUAACCUUCCCACAGUCUGUUCAAGUGCAUGGCUAAACUCUUCAGAAGGUAGCGUUUGCGUUCACUGAGAUGCUGAACGUUCUAGCUCCAGCAAACAGCUCUUUGCCUCUCCAGUAUGAAUGAUGCACUGGCAGGUUGACUUUAAAAUUGCAGGAACCAAAAAUUUCACACCGUUGGUCUACACUGAAGGCCAAGCUUGGUUGGUGGAUUACACUUCUGUAAAUGUUAACACACCAGUGUGUUAUGUGAAUGGAUGCGUAAUUUUUCACAAGUUCCCAGACUGGCUCCUUCAUAGAUUUUGGCAGCAUCUGCUUGAGGGUUGUAAACUAUUUAUUAUCAAAAAGAUUUCACAUUGUAUAGAAAAUUAAACAAAAGUAAAUAGGGCACCUUUUGUGUGCUCCCCUUGCACAAGAAUCGAAAAGCACAUCUUGAAUGUGAUGUCACAAAUACAGCAGUAUGGACGCAGGAAACCUUACCCCUUUAUUUCUUGCUAAUAAGCAAUCUUUUUAUGCAAAUAAAUGCACAGACAUAAAAAGAAUAAAGUAACCUUCAAGUCUUCUUUAAUCAAUAUUACUAUAUGGUUGCACUUGUGUUAGCCUAACCACAAACUGAACAGCAGUUGAUAGUGUGGUUAGCAGUGCUUUUAAUUGACAGGACAAGUAACAUUUCAAUUUCAAAUUUCAAGUAAAGGGCAAUCAAUGAUACUACAUUUUUCUGCGUUGACUUUCAAUUAUGGAUCUAUAGUACAUUAAUUAUUAGGAAGAUUCAUAGCACCUGUGCAAGGGUCACCUUGAAUGAUAUGUUAUCGUUAUUUACGUUUGAGAGAAUGCACUUUCUUUGUUCAAGUAGAACUUUUCUCAUCAUAACUCAGCUUGAACAUUUUUUUGUCUCUGCUGCUGAGGAUGAGGUUUGCAAGCCCUACUUUUGUACGCAUUCAUUCCGGUGGUGCACAGAGUCGUCACGUGCAGUUGCACUCGGUAAGAGUGGCAAAGUGGCGCCCGUGGUUGAAAGGGCUCGAAGACUGCAUGGCGGCAUCGACAUACAAAGAAUUGGUUUACUACAUAACAGUAGUUGCAAUAGUGCCCAGUUCUCCAAUCUUUUCGUACAUUGCCACAACCAUGCAGUCUAAAUGAAUUAUCUUUUGUCCACAGAAUGCAUUUAAAAAUUUCUCAUUUCAAGAAAAUAUAUAGUAAAUUUCAUACAUACUUCCGUAUACUUUUUCAAGACAGCUGAAUUUAAUAAAAACAAAUAAAAGAAAGCAGUCAUGAGUUGGUUCUUAACGUUGAUGACAAUGCUAGGAUGCACUAGCCUUGAGGUUGCUUUCCUAAUUGUGGACGGCAGUUAUGGACGUAAAUGAGCACUGCAAUUCUGGUUGCAUAAAUUUAGUCAUGUAAGAACUCGCACACAAGACUAUGUGCCAAACUAGCAUUCCUUGAAUUGAAAAAUCCUGGUGAACUAGGUGAAAGCACUCAGCCCAAGUCAGCUUAAAACUAGUGUUGCCGAUUGCCUUGAAAAAAUGCUAUAUAUGAGAGGCUCAACUGCAUAUAGAGCAGUUAAUAUGCCAAUAGUUGCAUGUAGGGGAAAAAAAUGUUGAUUGUUUUUUUUGUUUAAUGAGCAACCAUGUUUUAAAUAAAUGUUUUUAUUUCUGCUGCUGGAGCGGUUGAUCACAUCAACAGUUCAGCACCAAUUGCCCUUAAACUUUACGACUCACUCCCAUAUUUAACACUUUGACAACACAUGAAGCUGCACGGUCAUUGUAUUCAUAAAAACAUAGAUGUCUUUAAUUUCAUGCUGCAGUGACAGUUACAUUAGUUGGUUAGAAUCGCAGAAAGCUGAGCAAGUAGUACAAGAAGGCAGCUUUACAAAACAUACGGAAUUACUUCCUUUUGUAGAUGUUUUGUACACUUCAUACCAUGAAUAAUAGUCACUGAAAUUAAGUCAUGUGUUGUACAUACGCAUGAGCCUUACCUGAGGCAGCACUCAUCUGGCAAAUAUUUUUAUUUUGUUUAACUUUGCAUGUGUGUGCCUUAUUCGCCUGUGAGGGACAUAGCAAGUCGCAAGGAUGGUCAGAAGAGCAUUAACAAGCACGACGAUCUGUUGCAAUUUGUUGCACUAUCAUACGGGACAGGUUGAUUGGUUGAAAUUUAACUCGAGUUCUUUAAAGAGGCACUAAACAGCAACACUAAAUUUGUUUAGUCUUGCCAAGUAUUCUGGAGAAAGGUUGGUUAACAGUGGAAAGAAUGAGGGGCAGUUUUACUUUUUGAAUUUCGCACCCAAACUGCACCACCAGUACGUUUGUGCGAUGUUGCAUAUUUGAAAUGAUUUGUACAUUUUAUGGCUGCUGUUAUCCAGAAAAAGUUAACAAAACUCUGUAAGUCGAUUCUUCAGUACCUUCAGAAUGCAGUUUACUCCUUCUUUGUCAUUAAACUGGUAACUAUUUACCAGCAGGUGUUUUCACAAUUCAUGUCAGGAGCAGGUCAUGUGGGAACUUCAGGUGACAUUGCUUCUCCCUUGAUUUGAGUCUCUUCUAACCUUACCAGACUCUGUUCAUGGUGAGAGUCUGGAAUUGCAGAAGUGCAUUUCACUAGUCAAGCCUAACAUUUAUUUUUAGUGUCCCUGUGCGGUGCUACAGUAGACAUGAACACACUGACUAAUCUCUAGUGUAAAGGUGUGAACAGACAAGAUGAGACAAAGCACUGAAACAUUCUGCUGUCACAUCCUUGCACUGGAAAUUAGUGUAGUGCUAUGUCGGACCAAUUAGCCCAUUCUGACAGCCACAUGACAAGCAUAUAACCUGCAAUUGGAACUUAUUUUCACUUUAUGUGCAAGCACUUCUGGUGUGUGUGUGUGUAUGCGUGGCAUUUUUCAAUUAGAAUUUUACUUGUGAGGUAUGUAGUACUUAUCAUGUCACUGUAAUUGUGUUCUGGUCAAUUGUUGAACUGAGACGGAAAGAUAACUUGAGAAAAGGCAUGCUUACUUUGGUAGGUGCCACAAACAUAUAAGUCUUAUUGAGCAUUAUGUACCUCUUGAAGCUGCUUGCACCAACAGAAGCACAACAGGUAUAUUACGUUGAAAUACUAUUCAAGUUGAUGAGUGUACAAUGGAAUGUUGACAUACCUCUAUGUAGAUGUAAUUGACCUGUCAUGCACUCUGAACUGUCUGUUUGUCAAGUGCUUUGCAUUGGCACUGGGGAUGACAUUGUGACUGUGGUAAACGUAGGUUUUAUCGGUUCUACAAACUUGUGUUGAAUCUGACAGGUUUAUCCUCUUCUAGCAAAACAUUUGCAAAAUAAAUGGGCUCACGAGUCUGGUUAGACUUUGUAAGGAAGCUAUACCGAUGUAGUCUGUUAGACCAUUUGCUGGGUAGCCGUGCUAGAUUUUCUUUUGUUUUGUGUGAAAUAUACAGUAAUAUUUAGGAGCAACAGUUUAUCGUGGUAUUUGCUUGAGAGAGUUUGUGUGUAUUGACAUGGCUUUCUGCAAUUUUGUCAUCAUAGUACGCUGUGUAUGUGCAUGUUUGUGUUUGGAGAGAGAGUGUGCAGGAAUGAGACUUUAUACUAGUCAGGAGGUUGACGAGAUACUUUUUCUCGAGAAUAACUGCCCCUUUUCCCUCAUUGUCUUAUGUUGUGGUCACCAAGGCAUUGUUGGCAAAGCACAGCAGUUUUUUGCACUAUGAAAAAGAGUUGCUCAAGGAAAUAAAAUACAAGAUGUUCAAAACA